AUGCCGAUUGGGAAAGUUGAAAGUUUUGAUAUGGGAUCUCAAAAUUGGGACACAUACAUUCGUCGUGUAAAACAAUUCAUGGAACUCAACGACAUUGAACAGAGACUUCACGUUGCAACGCUCGUGACCUUAGUUGGGUCUGAGUGCUAUGACUUAAUGUGUGACUUGUGUGCUCCGGACUUACCAGAAGAAAAGGAUUUCGACAUACUCGUAAAAUUAGUCAAAGAUCAUCUAGAACCUGAAAGAUCGGAAAUAGCAGAACGUCAUAUCUUCAGGCAAAGAAAGCAGCAAAAUAACGAAAACAUUCGUUCCUACCUACAAAGUUUGAAACAUUUGGCUAAAACUUGCAAUUUCGGCAUCACAUUAGAAAUUAAUCUACGCGAUCAAUUCGUAUCAGGAUUAUAUAGUGAGGAGAUGCGAUCAAGGCUGUUUGCUGAAAAAGAUAUAGAUUACAAGCGCGCUGUUGAGUUGGCAUCAGCACUGGAAGCAGCGGAUCGACAUGCGAUGGCGGCUGGGGGCACUGGGGGCAGCUCACAGGCUGCGUCCGAGAGCGAAGGCAUGCAUCGGGUCGGCGGAGCGCGCGCGGAGGCUCGCUGCGCCUGCAGACGCUGCGGCAAGCUGGGCCAUGCGGAGGGUCGGUGUCGGUACAAGCACUACACCUGUGACUCAUGUGGCGAGAAGGGACACCUAAAAUCAAUGUGUCGGAACCGUAAAGGUAACCAAAAGAUUGAAAAAAACCGAGAAAAGACGCCAAUAUUUGUAAAGGCGCGGGCGCUGCCACUGGCGUUGCGCGAGCGCGUUGAGCGAGAACUUGAUCGUUUACAAAGUGAGGGAGUUAUUUACAAAGUAGAUAGGUCUGAUUACGGCACGCCUAUCGUACCAGUCGUUAAGGCAAAUGGCGAUAUUCGUAUUUGCGGCGACUAUAAAAUCACAAUAAACCCACGUCUGAAGGAUUAUCACUAUCCUUUGCCGCACAUUAAAGAUUUGUUUGCCACUUUAGGUGGUGGUGAAUAUUACACAAAAUUGGAUUUAUCUAAUGCAUUCCAGCAAUGCCUCUUAGACGAAGAAUCCCAGCCGAUGACAGCGAUCACGACACACAUUGUGCUGUCCGUUGACAGCAGCCAGUACGGACUGGGCGCCGUCCUCACUCAGAAGCACAUCGACGGCACUGAGCGGCUCGUCAGCUGUGCCUCACGGACUCUCGCGCCAGCCGAACUUAACUAUUCUCAGCUGGACAAAGAGGCUUUGGCUAUAAUGUUUGGGGUUACUAAACACCAUCAGUAUUUGUACGGGAGACGUUUUGUUUUACGAAGUGAUCAUAAGGCUUUGAGUUAUAUUCUUGGAAAGAAUAAAGAAAUUCUGAGCACAGCACUACAGGGCGCGAACCAGCAGUUGCUUUGUUCGGACGUCGCCUGCGUGGAAGACUGGAUCUGUUGCGUCCCAAUACUAGCUCCAUAG